ACACACACGACCCCCUCCCACCCACACGCCCGUCUCUCCUUUUCAUCUACUCUCUUUUCUACAACAAACAUGGCCGCGAAAUCAGACGGUACAGCCGUUUCUUUGCAGAAUGACAUUCCGCAGACGUGCCUCCCCGGACCGGAGAAGCGCUCGCCACAGUUGCGUCCCGUCGGGAAGGAGUAUUCCCUCCUGGACUGCUCCUGGACCCUCUGCGCCCUCUUGGUCUUUUUCUCGGACGGGGCUUCAGACCUGUGGCUGGCUGCCGAAUACUAUCUCAGACGGGACUACUGGUGGUUCGCUCUGACACUCGUAUUUAUCAUCAUUCCGUCCGUGGUGGUGCAGGUGCUCAGCUUCCGAUGGUUCGCCUACGAUUACUCGGACGCCAACGGGAGCGGCACGGCUGCGGCGGCAUUGGUAGCGGCGUCCAAUGCUGAGAGCCACUUCAGCACCAAGGACAGCGAUCAGCGGGGCGCUGGCCGCUCCGCUGCGGUCCCCGGAACCCGGAGCAACGCUCAGAGCUGCUGCAGAGCCUGCGUGUGGCUCUUCCAAAGCUUCGUGCACGUUCUUCAGCUGGCACAGGUCUGGAGGCAAAGCUCAGUCAAGGUUGGGGUGAAGGAUGAGGUGAGAGAAGCGUUUUCGUCCCAGUCCCAGCCCUCUUUUCUCCCUCCCACACAGACACACACGACCCCCUCCCACCCACACGCCCGUCUCUCCUUUUCAUCUACUCUCUUUUCUACAACAAACAUGGCCGCGAAAUCAGACGGUACAGCCGUUUCUUUGCAGAAUGACAUUCCGCAGACGUGCCUCCCCGGACCGGAGAAGCGCUCGCCACAGUUGCGUCCCGUCGGGAAGGAGUAUUCCCUCCUGGACUGCUCCUGGACCCUCUGCGCCCUCUUGGUCUUUUUCUCGGACGGGGCUUCAGACCUGUGGCUGGCUGCCGAAUACUAUCUCAGACGGGACUACUGGUGGUUCGCUCUGACACUCGUAUUUAUCAUCAUUCCGUCCGUGGUGGUGCAGGUGCUCAGCUUCCGAUGGUUCGCCUACGAUUACUCGGACGCCAACGGGAGCGGCACGGCUGCGGCGGCAUUGGUAGCGGCGUCCAAUGCUGAGAGCCACUUCAGCACCAAGGACAGCGAUCAGCGGGGCGCUGGCCGCUCCGCUGCGGUCCCCGGAACCCGGAGCAACGCUCAGAGCUGCUGCAGAGCCUGCGUGUGGCUCUUCCAAAGCUUCGUGCACGUUCUUCAGCUGGCACAGGUCUGGAGGUAUGUCCAUGCCUUAUAUCUGGGUGUGCAAAGCCGCUGGCGUGGGGACCACGAGCACAAACACUUCUACUGGCGUACGAUGUUCGAGAACGCUGACAUCAGCAUGCUGAGGUUGCUGGAAACCUUCCUGAAGAGCGCACCUCAGCUCGUUCUGCAACUCAGCAUUAUGGUCCAGACCGGCCAGGUCCUCCCUUUGCAGGGUCUGUCUGCGUCAGCCUCUCUGGUGUCUCUGGGCUGGAUGAUGGCGUCUUAUCAGAAGGCCUUACGGGACUCUCGUGAUGACAAGCUUCCCAUGUCAUAUAAAUCAGUGGUGGCGCACAUGCUGUGGCACCUGUUCACAGUGGGAGCCCGCGCCAUGGCCUUCGCCCUCUUCGUUUCCAUCUUCCAGCUCUACUUCGGCAUUUUCAUCGUGGCCCACUGGUGCGCCAUGACCUUCUGGAUCAUCCAAGGUGAGACGGACUUCUGCAUGUCCAAGUGGGAGGAAAUCAUCUACAACAUGAUGGUGGGCAUCGUGUACAUAUUCUGCUGGUUCAGUGUCCGUGAAGGCCCAACUCGGUGCCGGCUUCUGCUCUACAGCCUCAUAAUGCUGGCCGAAAACGUGGCCCUCACUGCCGUGUGGUACAUAUACCGCAGCCCGCGCACUUCGGACUUUUACGCUGUGGUGGUGGUGUGUGUGGUGGCCUGUAGCUACGCUCUGGGCACAUUUUUUAUGUUUGUCUACUACUGCCUGUUGCACCCUGACGGCCCUGUGUCUGGAGCCUAUUUCGGAUGUUGUGGCGUCCAGGUGGGGGCUGUUUCAGAUCCUUGUAUCUCGUCGCCCACCUCCGUUCCUCCUCUGGACGCGGUGAGCAGCCCGCCGAGGACUCUGCAGAGGACUAAAGGAGGAGAGUCAGUACAGAGAGAAGACAUUGGCGAUGUGUUUAAGAUGCGGACCCUUAAGGCCUCACGAAACGCCGCGCCUCGCCUCACCCCAAGGACAGAGGGGCCGGUAGUUCGUAUCGACCUUCCCAGAAAGCAGUACCCAGCCUGGGACGCCCACUUCAUUGACCGCAGGCUACGAAAAACCAUUUUGGUUCUGGAAGGUGCUGCUCCGGUCACACCGAGGAUCCAGUACCGAUGUCUCGGCACACCCAAGGAAGUGAUGGAAUACGAGACGACAGUUUGAAACGUUCUCACCUUCUAAAAAGUGUAAUGUAUUAGCGUGCAAAAAAAAAGUCCGUUCUCUCCAGCUUUAUUUGGUGGAUUUUGUCAGAUUGACUCGUCGUCUGAGGAGGAACAUUAUGCACUAGCUUCUAGAAAAGAGCCACCCUGUGGUGAUAUUAGACAUUACCACAGGUUAUUGGGUUAGGAGGCUUGGCUGGGGUCAGUUUAUGAAAAAGCAGUGAGGCCACGAUAAAUGUAUCCCGAAUAAAACAAAAUAUCAGUGUGGUACAUUAACAGCAAUGGUGCUUAAACACAUCCUAAACACAGAUUCAAACCAUUCUGGGUGUUUUUUUUUUUUUUUAUAUAUUUUGUGGCAGCUGCUGAAAACCACAAUUACUGAAUCCACUUGGUCACAGUUUGUUGGCUAUUGAGGUUGUAAUAGGUACAAGUACAACUAGUGAGUUUUCUCAUAAAAGGCCUUAAUCGACUUUCUUAGGUUUGGCUAUAUAAAAGUGCAUUUCACCCUUCUUCAGCAGCUAAUGUUUUAAACAUUGGUGGAUUUAUGGAAAUAUUUUGAGUUUUUAAAGAAAGAUGGAUGGGUUGAGCUUCUGAUGACAUCAUGAGGAUUUUUAUUAAGCACAAAAUUGUUGCCUUCAAGAACAGGGAUCAUACUUUGCUUGCAACAAAGACUGUUUUUUCACUCUUUUCAGUGGACAUUUCUGCUUACUUCUCAAGUGACAAAUUAUAUAUCACUGAUUUUUUUAUGUUCUCAAAGGACAUAUCUGUCAUGAUGGAAAUACUUGGUCUGAUCCUGAAAAAUGGCUGAGUGCACCUUUAAAAAGGAUUGAAUGAAUGUUAAUUUCAAGGACAAAGAACCCUGAUUAAGCUGGUUUAUAUGACUGUAAUAUGAACAUACCGCAGUAUUUCAAACACAUGUAAGCUAACAAAGAUUUCAAAUUGUAAAGUACCUAUGACAGAUGAAGAAAAGCAUAUUAUGUUUCAAAUUUUUUCUUUUUAUGGAUUAAUGAAAAUUAUCAGUGUUAUGAUUAUGCCAUUCCAUGUCAUUUACAUAAUUUGGUGCAAUAAAAUUCAUAAAUGUUUGAAUAGUGAAUUUAAAAAUGUUGUAUGCCUAUGAACAAAUCCAUGCAGUAUCCGUCUCUUUAUCUCAUUUUAUUUAACAUUUAAAUUAAGUUGUUAGCUUUUCUGUGGUUGUUUCUUACCUUUGGUCAUCAAUACAUAGAUCAGUGAAUCUGUACAAAACAUUUUUUUAUUUUUUUGCAUUGAUUGACCUCUGGGCUUUUGAAUAGAGAGAAGAUGAUUAAUCCAUGUGUUUGUGCCGUUUACACUGAAAUCAAAUCGUUAUUGCUACAGUAAGUCCAUUGUAACUAUUUGAAUUCUUGCCAUUACCAUUACGUACACUAUGUCCAUUCGUGUUACCAUUUUGGUGCUAGCUGGAACACCUCAGCACAGCCUCUGUAUGCUGUCCUUUAUCAAUGUGGAUCAUACUCGUUCACUCUGGUUAAUGCUGGAUUUUACCGUAGACACGCUGAAAGACGUCAAGCCUUACACUGCACCUGAAAGACUGUUGCUGUCGACUGUAAAAAAGGUUGUCGAUUUUCAGCCAUGUGUUUUAUUUGGACAAUAAAGCAAGCAAAAUUGUGUUUACUGACCUGACCAAAGCA